GUGAGAGCGCUGAAGUUCACAGCUGUCUCGCUGACAUCAUAGGAAGCUCCGAGACAAAUCUGAUCUGAUGAGGGCUGUGCCUUUGCCUUAAACUAGAUAUAUAUCAUUUUAUUUAGACAGUUUGCUGUGUGAGUUGUGUCUGUACUGGUCCUCGUUAUCUUCUUAAGCUCGCUGAGGAUGGCUGAGCCAAGUGGGAGAUAUCAGCAGCUGCCCAGUGAAGAGGAGCCGGAGGAGGGAGCUCAGGUGGCCAGUGACCCUCCGCCCCCUUACAGUAGCAUUGCAGCUGACAGCGCAGGAUAUUUUGAUUAUAAAGACGAUGCAGCAUUUCCCAAGCCCCCAUCUUACAACGUAGCCACAUCUCUACCAUCGUACGAAGAGGCUGAGAGAAACAAAACAGAGGCGACUAUCCCACUGGUGUCAGGGCAACACAGGGAACGUCUGGACACAUUCGAUGAUGUAACUCGCUGUGAGCUGGAGGAUGAUGACUUUGUGGCCAGAGAUGACUUUGAGGAUGCUGACCAGCUGCAGAUAGGCAAUGACGGCAUUUUCAUGUUGACAUGUUUCAUGGCAUUCCUCUUCAACUGGAUUGGCUUCUUUCUAUCAUUCUGCCUUACAACCUCAGCAGCGGGGCGUUAUGGCGCCAUAUCUGGGUUUGGUCUGUCCCUCAUCAAAUGGAUUCUCAUCGUACGGUUUUCUGCUUAUUUCCCUGGUUAUUUUGAUGGACAGUACUGGUUGUGGUGGGUGUUCCUGGUGCUCGGCAUCCUGCUCUUCCUCAGAGGCUUUAUUAACUAUGCCAAGAUCCGAAAAAUGGCAGACUCCGUUUCUACUCUUCCGCGGACCAGAGUUCUCUUCAUCUAUUAAAGUCUACUCUAGUCACUUGCUGGAAAUGAAAACACAUUCACGGGCCUGCAUUGAGCCGUUGACCGAGCAGUGAAAAUAUAUUUAAGAAAAAAAAUCCUUCCGUCUGUUAUCUACUCAUCUAAAAGGAAGACCGCAGAAUUCCAGAGCGAUGGAGGAAGAGCAUUUUUUCCACCCUCUGCUUUUGAAAAUGCAGUUUGGGUGUCAGAUAACAAGAUACUCUUUUUACGUUUCUAGAUGUAAAGUAGUGGAUGCUAACUGUUCUGAAAUCAUUAGUGCUUUGAUGUUGAGUGCUAUUUGCUCUUUUCAAGUCUGUAAUGUAUUAAAAAAGCCUUCUGUAUGAGAUCUUGUUUGUAGUAAAGGCAUGCACUGUACUCCCUGUUAACCAGUAGGGGGAAGUCUUGCGUUUCAGUGACGUUUGACAAGAAGGCAACCAGUCACUGCUGGUCACCAUUCAUGAAGAGCUUUUCUCUUUGUGAAUGGCAGUGUGAAAUGAAGUGAAUCUAAAACAGUCGAUGCUUUUCUUUUCUUCUCUUCUCUUCUACUGGUUCUCUCUUGCUCCCUACAUGACAUGAAAUUAAAGUUGCUGGUUUUAACUUUU